AUGUAGUAUAACCCUGGGGAGGGAGGAAAUUGAUACACAGAGAAGAGUGUGUGGGAGAAAGAACGAUGGAAGUUGAAGGAUCGUCGAAGAAGAUGAUAGCGACGCAGGAGGAGAUGGUGGAGGCUAGGGUUCCCUUGGCGUAUCGGGAUCAGUGCGCCCAUUUGCUCAUCCCUCUCAACAAAUGCAGGCAAUCGGAGUUUUAUCUUCCAUGGAAGUGCGAGAACGAGCGUCACUCCUACGAAAAGUGCGAGUACGAGCUCGUCAUGGAGAGAAUGCUUCAGAUGCAGAAGAUCCGCGAAGAACAGCAAAAGGCCGAAGCCAAACAACCGCUAAUCCUCGUCCCCAAACCCGCCAAUGCCUGAUUCCUUUUCCUCUACCUCUCGCUGAACCAUUGCUUGGGACAGAUGUUAUUUCAUGUUUUGCUAUUGUAUGGAUCAAAGUUACCUUGGAGUGUUUGUCCAAAGACUACUUCAGAGUUUUUAUACCUUUUUAGCUAUUUCUUCUGUCAUGGACCCAUGUUUCUGCUUGGAAGGAAUAAAAUUUAUUGUUAACAUUUCAUGGACA